CCUGGGCCCCGCGGCCGCUGGGGCUUCCCUGGGGAAAGGGACAGAGAUGCUGGCGGACGCCUCUCUCGGAGGCCCCAGAGGCGGCUGCAGCGCCCCCUCCCCGUGUGGAGUGCGUGCGUGUGUGUGUGUGUGUGUGUAACAGGCGUAGGUGACCGCGGACUUGACAGUCUGCGCAGCACUCGUCCUUGCCCCAAAUGUUUAAAAGUCAAGACAGGCGAACCCCACAACCGACCCACUGGAGAUGUUCCAAAUGGAGCGGCCCAGGAGAGCCGCUGCCACCUGACUGAUGUGCCCCACGCCUCCCCCUGCCCGAGCCCUGGAGUGGCGACCAGACUCAGCUCCUCCAGCUGGGGCACAAGGCCUGGCACAGCGGUAGAAGUGAGCGCCUUCAGGUGGACUCGAAUCCAGUCCUGGGCAGCUCCCUUUAGAGCCACGGGAACCCACUAGGAUGCCUGAAUGUGUCUCUCUCCUGCCCCAAGCCUGGCUCCCACCAUGAGUACUGAGCUCAACGUGCCUGUGGCCCCCUCCACACCGGCCUGCUCUGAGCCUGGCCACAAGGGCAUGGAUUACCGGGACUGGGUCCGCCGCAGCUACCUGGAACUGGUCACCUCCAACCAUCACUCGGUGCAGGCCCUCUCCUGGAGAAAGCUCUACCUGAGCAGGGCCAAGCUGAAGGCCUCCAGCCGGACCUCCGCCCUCCUCUCGGGUUUUGCCAUGGUGGCCAUGGUGGAGGUGCAGCUGGAGACGCAGUACCAGUACCCCCGGCCACUGCUCAUCGCCUUCAGCGCCUGCACCACGGUGCUGGUGGCCGUGCACCUCUUCGCCCUGCUCAUCAGCACCUGCAUCCUGCCCAACGUGGAGGCCGUGAGCAACAUCCACAACCUCAACUCCAUCAGCGAGUCGCCGCACGAGCGCAUGCACCCCUACAUCGAGCUGGCCUGGGGCUUCUCCACGGUGCUUGGGAUUCUGCUCUUCCUGGCCGAGGUGGUGCUGCUCUGCUGGAUCAAGUUCCUGCCCGUGGACGCGCGGCUCCAGCCUGGCCUCCCGCCCGGCCCAGGCGGCCACACGGGCUGGCAGGCCGCCCUUGUGUCCACCAUCAUCAUGGUGCCCGUGGGCCUCAUCUUCGUGGUCUUCACCAUCCACUUCUACCGCUCGCUGGUGCGGCACAAGACUGAGCGCCACAACCGCGAGAUCGAGGAGCUGCAUAAGCUCAAGGUGCAGCUGGACGGGCACGAGCGCAGCCUGCAGGUGGUGUGAGGCCGCUGGAGGCCUGGGGCCGGCCGCGGGGCGGCUUCCCUUCGGAGGGAGAGGCGUGGGCAAUGGAGCCAGCACGCUGUGCCCCCUGGAGCCCAGCAGAAAUUGCCUGCGUUUGGGGGAAAAGUGUCAGCGAGGCUACGGAGACACCACCAGAUAGCUGAAGAGCAAAGUUUUACUCCUGUCUUAAUGCUGUAGCGUUCUCUGGACAGUUCCCCUCUGAAAAUGGAAAGCCUUGGUGAAACAAGAGACUCUUGCUAAGAGCAGGGGGUGCAAAGAAAGGCUGACUCCUCUACCCUGAGCAUUUCCCGGGUCAGAGAUACGGCCCUGGGGCUACUGGGAAGAGAAGGGCAGCUGACAGGGGCCCCGUGUGGGGAGGCGUUGGAGGGCCUAAGGGGCACGGUGAAGAUGCCCGAGGGUACAUGCCCAUCAGCUCUGCCCCAGGAAGAGCUCCAGGCAGCACCCAGAGGUCAAGGGUAAUCUCGGAGACCUAGAGCCAGAGGGUGCAGGGAGCCUGGCGGGGCACGGAGUCUGUGUUCAGAGGAGGAUUGCUCUGUAAGACCUAAGCACUUCUGGGUAGCCCGUCUGACGGUGCCGCACUGUCAUGAUAGGUGGGGACUGGGAUGUGGGGUGGGAUGAGGCACAGGAUCCAGUGUGGCUUGGUGCCCCCUCCUCGUCCUGGCUUGUGGAGGGAGGGCAGGGAUGCGGGUACAUGCCCUCUCAGCAGCUGGUGGUGUGGCUUAGGCUCAGAGCGGAGGCCUGGCCGGGGUUAGGGAUGUGGUGGUGAGUAUCCUGGGCGAGAUGAGGCCUGAGGAGCUCACUGAGGUGCUCGGAAGCCCACCAGGCUCAAAGUCUCUUUUCCCAGCCAGUCCGGAGCCCUAGCCACACUGACCUAUGAGGACAGCAGGGUGGAAGAGGAGCCCCAAGUCUAGAGGCCUCCACCUCCUGGCCCAGAAUGGCCUCUGAGUCUGUGUCAGCCGCCCCUCCAUGCCCCCCGCUUCUGUGUCAGCAGAAGACUGGGAGCACGUGCCUAAGCAGCAGGCCUCUCCGCCCCGACCACCCUGUCCUAGGAGAGGGGCGCCCUAGGGGGCUUCCUGUCUAAACAGCACUGUUUGCCUGGCCUGUGGGUGGGAGAACCAGGGGCCAGCCCUGGCCAGAUGCAGGCCCUCCUUAUAAUGACCCCUAGCCCCUCUGCAGGGAAUAUGGGACUCCCACAUGGUGCCCGCCUCCAGGGCCUCCAGGCCUCUCGUGUUUACAUAGCUGGGCAUAGCUGUGCCCAGGGUGGGACCUGGUAGGGUCACUGAGGGCGUCUUGUAGACCUGAGCCCUGACCCUGGUGGCCGUAUACACGCUGCAGUACCAGCUUACGUGGAAGCAUGCUGCCCCCGCGUGGCUUUUAAAAACCAUGUUUACCAUAUUUUCCAGUGAUAACCUGGAGAGGGAUGCCUGUUCUUCUGUUCUUUAAGUGUGCAUUGGACAUCUGCAUGCUCCGAUCUCAUUUCUUGUGACAGCUUAGCAUCUCUGUAGGAUCUGGGCUGUCAGUGCCUCGAAGGCCUGGUUGGGGCUCUGGGUGUGUGACACACUGGUGAGAACACAAACCCUAACACAUAACUGAAAUGUUGAGGCCCUCAGGGGAGGUUUAAGAUGCACUAAGCAUCAUCAGGUGUGCGUUGUGACAUCUGUGGAGACGCCCGUGCAUUGCAUCCCAUCAGGAGAAGAGCCUGGCGUCCUCUGCAGGGUGUGUCCACAUCCUCUUCAGACAUUUGUCUGGGACUUGCUUACCCUCUGCUGCAUGUCUGUCCUUUCCAGGAGCCUUGGUGAAAAGACUCAUCUGGUUUAAUAUGUUUGCUUUGCAAAAAAACUCAGUGACACUCCAAAUAGCCACUUGGAAUCCUGCAGGGAAGGCAGACCCUCGGUGCCAAGGUGGCUGCUUUCCUGGGUAUGUGGUGCCCACACAGGGAGGGGCAGCAGGCCCUUUGCCUGGCCUGAGCCUUUGGGGAGGGGCCGUGCUGGGCCAUCAUCCUGCUGCCUGCAUCCCUGGGCCACCUGGCCCCCUGCCACACUGUGCUGGCGUUCAAACUCCAAGCUUCCCCAACUCUGGAAAAACCCCAGCUCCUGCCAGGGCGCCAGUUGUCACCCCUGGUCCACAUGCAGAGCUUUUGGCAUCAGGGCCAGACAAGGUGGAACCAAUGGUGGCACCACAGAGGUAGGGAAGAUGCCACAUACCAUGUCUUUUCCAUACUCUGAGCAGGAGAACAGCGUUCUUGUAAUUUCUUGUUCUGUCAUCCAGAGGCCUGUCCCGGCUCCCACCUCCUAGCUCGCUGAGGCACAGGGCAGACAGAAUUUCUGUGGGAGCAGAGGUGGCCGUGGGGAUGGGGAGCGGCAGGCAGGAGGGGCAGCCUCGGGUUGCUCCGGAGCUUGUCCUUGUCCGGAGCUGCAGAGAUGACUGGGCAGGGAGGGAGCGCGGGGAGUGGGGAAAGCAAGUUGCAGUUAGACCUUCGGCUUCUAGAGGGUUAACCUGACUUGGCUGCCUCUGCCUGGUAAGCCGGCUGGCGGGCACCCUGGAGCCGCCUGGGCUUGCCCUAUUUUCUUUUGAGCAGAGUCUUCCUGGUGCUCAUAAAGAUUCCUCAGACAUGCCGAGGCCCUUUCCAGUGUAGGACACGCUCUCCAUUUAGUACCUGACCAGAAGUUUCAAUACUUCAUUUCUGUUUUAGGGACUGCGACAGCAGACGGUAUUUUAGCGCGGCUUCUAGGAAGGUCUGUCUGUUGAAGCCAAAGCCACCUGAGCCCGAGUGGUUCGAGGGUCACCUGCAGAGUGGUUUCCUGGCUGUGCUUAUCAAUUAUUUAGGCGUAGGCAUCGUGCAGAUCGUGAAUGAGGUAUAUAAUCCCGUCUUGUGUAUGGAUUUUUAAAAUAAUUGCCCUGGACUGAACUGAAUAAACCGAAGCGAUGAAA